CGGCCGCCCUCCCGCGCCCCCCGCUAACCCCGCCCUCCGGGCCUCUUCCCCCGCUGUCUCCGCUCCAGGCCUACUCCUCCGUCCCGGUCAGCAACAUGAACUCGGGCCUGGGCGCCAUGAACUCCAUGAACACCUACAUGACCAUGAACACCAUGACCACGAGCGGCAACAUGACUCCGGCUUCCUUCAACAUGUCCUACGCCAACCCGGGCCUGGGCGCCGGCCUGAGCCCGGGCGCGGUGGCCGGCAUGCCGGGGGGCUCGGCGGGCGCCAUGAACAGCAUGACGGCGGCGGGCGUGACGGCCAUGGGCACGGCGCUGAGCCCGGGCGGCAUGGGCGCUAUGGGCGCGCAGCCCGCGGCCUCCAUGAACGGCCUGGGGCCCUACGCGGCCGCCAUGAACCCGUGCGUGAGCCCCAUGGCGUACGCGCCGUCCACCCUGGGCCGCAGUCGCGCGGGCGGCGGGGGCGACGCCAAGACCUUCAAGCGCAGCCUGGCGCCCCACGAGUCCCAGCUGCACCUGAAAGGGGACCCCCACUACUCCUUCAACCACCCCUUCUCCAUCAACAACCUCAUGUCCUCCUCCGAGCAGCAGCACAAGCUGGACUUCAAGGCCUAUGAGCAGGCGCUGCAGUACUCGCCCUACGGCGCCACGCUGCCCGCCAGCCUGCCUCUCGGCAGCGCCUCGGUGGCCACCAGGAGCCCCAUCGAGCCCUCAGCCCUGGAGCCGGCCUACUACCAAGGUGUGUAUUCCAGACCCGUCCUAAACACUUCCUAGCCCCCGGGACUGUGGGGUUGUCUGGCACGGCCAUGCUGGUAGCAGGAGAGAGAGAGAGAGAGAGAAUCUACAGCAAACAAACCCACACAUAUUAUACCGACAACAGCAUCAUCCCAACAACUAUUUUUAUUUCAUUGUUCAUGCACAAUCUUUCCCCCGGUGCAACGGACUGUUACUUUAGUAUUGUAUUCAAAGCUCGUUGUGUACAUCAUUACAAAGACAGCCAACCCCAAACCAACGUUUUU